CUUUGACUAGUGAGAUCUUCAUUUCAUCUUUUGGUUUUGAGACUUCACUGUAAGCCUGCUGAGGAGAAAACAACAAUGCUGAAGAAAGAGUUCAUGCCGUACUGGAACCUCAGUGUCACAGUGCUGCAGGGAAAAUUCAGUCGGUCGUAUGACCUUUUGUCUAAAUGUGACUGCUACGUCGUCUUAAAGUUACCCACGGCCUGUGCCUGCUGCCAUCGCACCAAAACUGUGAAAAACAGUGAUGCACCAAAAUGGAAUGAAACAUUUCGUUUCAGAGUGUACAGCGGUGUCAAGAACAUUCUGGAAUUCCACAUAUUUGAUGCUGACAAGUUAACGAAAGAUGACUACUGCUCCACCAUCCUAUUCGACGUCAAUAACCUCACACCUGGACAAAAACAAACAAAAUGCUUCAUUACAGAUGAUAAGAGUGAGCUGUGGGUGGAGUUUGAGAUGACCGUGAGCUCUGAGAAGCCUGAACCGUACUUCUCUAAUGGAGUGCUGAUGGCAGGUCUAUUCUGUGCACUGGAUGUUAAGGUGAAAAAGCGUCUAAGGACUCAUGCUGAGAAGGACAUGAUGUUAAAACUGCGAGGCGCAUAUAAGGAAGACUGUUUGAUCCCAGGCUCUGAGGAAAACCCCAGCUGCUCACAGACUAUUCGCUACUACAUAAACCGAGACCUGGAGACUGAGUUUAGUCUCAUCCCACCAAAAGCUGGGGCAGAAGUGGACGGGAGAAAUCCAAAGACUGCAGACAUUCUGUCAUCAGUCCCUAUGAAACCGUUACCAGUCAAACCGCAGAUUAAACUCUGCAUGCCUGUUGGACAGGGUGAAGUGGAUCUGCAACUAAGCACAGAGGGCCGCUCUGACGAAAAGUUGGAUAUGCGUCUGGAUUUUGAUAUUCCAAUGGAAGAAAAGAAUUUUCUGGUGAAGAGACAAAAAGUCGUUUCACAAGCUCUUCAGAAAGCUUUGAAUCUCAGCUCUGCACCUGAGCCCAGCAAGGUCCCAUUGGUGGCUGUGGUGUGUUCUGGCGGCGGGACCAGAGCGAUGUGUGGCACAUUUGGAGGCCUAAGAGCUCUGCAGAAACUCCAGCUUCUUGAUACAGUCAGCUACAUCACAGGGGUUUCUGGCUCCACCUGGACUAUGGCUUCUCUUUAUGAUGAGGAGACCACAAAGACAUGUCAUAAAGCAAACUCAGGAGUACUGUGGCACUACAAAGAGAAGAUGGAAGAGAGAGAGAAAGAAGGACUACUUGUGUCUCUUAUUGACAUGUGGGGUCUGGCUAUAGAAUACCUCAUCCAAGGGAAGAAAAAAAUGGGAACACUAUCUGACCAGCAGAUGGCACUAUCAAAGGGCCAGAACCCUCUUCCCAUCUACACAGCUCUCAACAUGAAAAAUAGUAAGACAGGAUGUACCAUAGAGACUGAAUGGUGUGAGUUCACCCCAUAUGAGGUGGGAUUUACCAAGUAUGGUGUCUUCAUACCUGCACAGAACUUUGGGAGUGAAUAUUACCUCGGCCACAUGGUCAAGAAACUCCCAGAAUCUGGAAUUUACUCUCUAUUGGGAAUAUGGAGCAGUGUUUUCUCCCUGAGUCUGACUCAGCUUUGGAGUCGCAUCACUGGAGUGAUCCCAUCCUGGGCCAGCAAGAUUGGGGAAGAAGUGAACCAGACAGACACAGAUGACAAAUCAUCAACGUCAGACACACUUCAGGCCAGCCCUAAGACUGACUUGGCAAAAAAGCUGAGCAUCUUUCUGUCCAGCCGCCCCAUUAUCAGCCAAGUGUUCAACUUCCUUAGAGGCUUCCACCUGCACAGGAACUACAGUGAGAACUGUGACUUCACCACAUGGAAAGACACACAUCCAGAUGCCUUCCCAAACUCCCUGACACCAGCAGAUGCCACACUUGGCCUGGUUGACUCUGCUUUUGUCAUCAAGUCAGGAUUCCCUCCUGUGUUACGCUGUAACAGACGCGCGGACGUCAUUCUGUCCCUGAACUACGCUUGGGACCCGGACCACUUCAAGGUCAUUAAGCAAACUCAGGAGUACUGCGCUGAACGCAAGAUUCCAUUUCCAAAGACUGAUUAUAAGAAGCUGGAGUCCGAGCCGAUUAGGGAAGUUUAUGUGUUUGAGGAUAAAGAGAAUCCAGAUGUUCCCAUAGUGAUCCACUUUCCCUUGGUCAAUGUCUCAUUCAAGCAGUUCAAGUCUCCUGGAGUAAAGAGAGAGGGUAAGGCGGAGCUGAAGGAAGGAGAUUUUGAUAUUGACUUCACCAGUUUGUUAAGUCCAUUCUCCACUCUCAACCUUACAUACCAACCUGAGGAUUUCCAGAAGCUGACCAACCUCACCACCUACAACAUUCUGAACAACACAGAUGUCAUUUUAAACACGCUGAACAAAGCACUGAAGAGAAACAUGGAGAGAAUUCCUGUCACAAAGGCGUCAAAAUUCUGAUUUGAUGUUGACACCGGAAGUUAAGGCUGACAGCAGGAGCGAUUGGAGAGUGAU